AUGCAGAUGCUGACGAAGUUUGAGUCGAAAUCGAACCGCGUAAAAGGCAUCGCGUUCCAUCCCAAGCUUGCGCUGUUGGCUUCGUCGUUGCACAAUGGCUCGAUCCAGCUGUGGAACUACCAGACGGGCACGAUCUACGAGCGUCUCGAGGACCAUGAGGGCCCCGUGCGUGGAAUUUGCUUUCACCCUACGCAGCCACUGCUUGUGAGUGGCGGUGAUGACUACAAGAUCAAGGUGUGGAACCACAAGACGGGAAAAGUGCUCUUUACGCUGCACGGCCACUUGGACUAUGUGCGCUCCGUCUUUUUCCACCACGAGCACCCCUGGAUCAUCAGUGCCUCGGACGACCAGACGAUCCGGAUCUGGAACUGGCAGAGCCGCACGUGUAUUGCGAUCCUCACCGGCCAUAAUCACUAUGUGAUGUGCGCACAGUUCCACCCCUACGAGGACCUGAUUGUGUCUGCGUCGAUGGACCAGACGGUGCGCGUCUGGGACUACACUGCGCUGAAACAGAAAUCCACCACGGCACAGCCGAUGAGUUUGGACGAGCAAAUGGCGCGCGCAAGCAGUGCGCAGAUGGACUUGUUUGGCCACAUGGACGUCAUGGUGAAAUACGUCCUGGAAGGCCACGAGCGCGGUGUCAAUUGGGCAGCGUUCCAUCCCGCGCUCCCUUUGAUUGUGUCCGCAAGUGACGACCGCACGGUCAAGCUCUGGCGCAUGUCUGAGACCAAGGCCUGGGAAGUCGAUACCUGCCGUGGCCACUACAACAACGUUUCUGCCGCGCUCUUCCAUCCCCAUGCCGAGCUCAUCUUGUCCGUGUCCGAGGAUAAGACUAUCCGAGUGUGGGACAUGGGCAAGCGCACGGCCGUGCAGACCUUUCGGCGCGAGCACGACCGCUUUUGGGUGCUUACCGCGCAUCCCCAACUGAAUUUGUUUGCUGCCGGGCACGAUAGCGGCCUGAUUGUAUUCAAGCUGGAGCGCGAGCGCCCGCCGUUUGCACUGCACAACAAUGUGCUGUAUUAUGUACGGAACAAGCAAGUGUACGCAUACGACUAUGCCAGCGACCACGACACCGCGCUCUUGAGCAUCAAGCGCCUUGGCAAUCAGUAUGUCCAGCCGCGCACGCUCAGCUACAACCCCGCGGAGCACUCGAUCAUCGUCACCUCGGUCAGCGGCGACUCGGGCGUGUAUGACAUUGCGCCGCUUCCGCACAGCCCCAGCGCCGAGCUCGGCGAGUCGGGCACGGUAGGCAAGCGCGGCAGCGGCAACAGCGCUCUAUUUAUUGCGCGCAACCGCUUUGCUGUGCUGCUUACCGCAACACAGCAUAUUGAGAUUCGCGAUCUGGCCAACAAUGUAGUCAAGACGCUCGUCAAGCCCGACGGCGUCACCGAUAUCUUCCACGGCGGCCCUUCGCACCUGCUGCUGAGCACGCCCAGCAGUGUCUUGUUGUACGAUACACAGCAGCAGGCCACGACCGCAGAACUCGCCGUGCCAGCGGUCAAGUACGUGGUGUGGAACCAAGAUGGGAGCAUGGUCGCACUGCUAAGCAAGCACGCCAUCACCCUCACAGACAAGCACCUAUCUUUCUCGCACGUCAUCCACGAAACGAUUCGGAUUAAGAGCGCUGCAUGGGACAGCAACGGCGUCCUUCUUUACAGCACGCUGAACCACAUCAAGUAUGCCCUGCCAAACGGCGACACGGGCAUCAUCCGCACGCUCGAGCAGCCGCUGUACCUCACGCGUGUCAAAGGCGCGACGGUCAACUGCCUGGAUCGCCAGGCGUGCCCACGCACCUUGACGAUCGACCCCACCGAGUGCCGCUUCAAGCUUGCCUUGCUCCACGAGCGCUACGACGACGUGCUUAGCAUUAUCCGGACGAGCCGCCUCGUUGGUCAGUCCAUCAUUGCGUACCUGCAAAAGAAGGGCUACCCCGAGAUUGCGCUCCACUUUGUCCAGGACAAGACCACGCGCUUUGACCUUGCCGUCGAGUGCGGCAAUCUGGACGUGGCGCUCGAGACCGCCGAAGCGCUCAACGUGCCGGAAAUCUGGACGCGCCUCGGCGACGCUGCGCUGCUCCUCGGCGACCAGCAGAUUGUGGAGCGCGCAUACCAAAAGACCAAAAGCUUUGACCAGCUCAGCUUUCUCUAUCUCAUUACGGGUAACAUGGACAAGCUGGAGAAAAUGACGGCGAUUGCAGAGCGCCGCGGCAACACACAGAGCCUCUACCACAACGCCGUCUUCGCGGGCGACACUGCGACGCAAGCUACGGUGCUGGAAAGCGCAUCGCUCGACGCCCUUGCAUUUAUCACUGCAGAAAAUAGCGGAGACUCGGCGCGCGCCGCUGCAAUUGCGGCCCAAGUUGGGCUGGACGAGCAAGCCGCGCGCACUGCACUGGCCGCGAGCGGCGCGCCAAACGCCAAGGGUGCGCCAACGCCCAUCACCGAAACCCACGCGUACAACUGGCCGCUGAAGAGCACGCAGACCAGCUACUUUGACCAGGUCCUCGCCGAAAGCGCUGAGGGCGGUGUCAUCUUUGAGGACAAUGCCGUCCAAGGCACUACACACGACCUCGACUCUUGGCUCGACGGCGGCGCACUUGAGGAGGAAAUGGUUGACGCAGAGCCUCUUCUCGACUUGGAGGGCGACGAAGCUGCGUGGGACCUCGACGAGUCGGCCGUUGCGCCCGCCGAAGAGGUGCUUGGACAGCAGUUUGUGCCCCUUGCCGACGCCGACACGCUCCAAGGCGCCGUGCCGGGCAGCGCCGAGAGUGCGCACUGGCUGCGCAACUCGCCCGUCGCAGCGGAUCUCGCGGCUGCAGGCGCAUUUGAUGCUGCGCUCCAGCUCCUCCACCGCCAGGCCGGCAUUGUGGCUUUCGCGCCGCUCAAGCCGUACCUCUGGCGCGCUUACGCCGCCGCGCGUGUGCUUGUUCCUGGCGCGCCGGGCGCUGCGCCGCUCCUUGUGCAUCUGCGCCGCAACAAUGAGUUGUCCGAAGGCGACCUCGGCCGCGUCCUUCCGGCAACGCCGAUGCAUGUCGCGCAUCUGUCUCAGCAUAUGCUGCAGGAGGCGUACCGCGCCGUGAGUGCCAACAAGCUGCCCGAAGCCGAGGCGCAGUUCCGCGCGCUGUUGCACGCGCUUGUGCUUACGCCCGCCGCAAACGAAGAAGAGGCCGCCACGGUGGUCGACAUGUUGGGGCAGUGCCGCGAGUACUUGGUGGGUGUUUCCAUCGAGCUCGAACGGCGCGCGCUCGCACAGUCUGACCCCGCGAAUGUCGCGCGCAACUUGGAGCUUGCGGCGCUUUUUACGCAUGUGCAGAUGCAGCCGCAGCACCAGAUGCUCGCGCUGCGCAUCGCCAUGAUGGAGGCGCGUCGUGUAAGUAACCUUGCCAUGGCCGGCCACUUUGCGCGCAGGCUCUUGGAGCUUCAACCCCCUGCCAAGGUGGUCCAAGUCGCGCAGCAGAUUUUGGCGAUGAGCGAUCGUCAGCCGCGCGAUGCUGUCCCGGUGCCGGGCUACUCUGCACACGAAGGGGUGUAUGUCAUCUGUGCAGGGAGUCAUACCUUGAUUCCAAGCGGCGGCGCUGGCGCACUCGAGGAUCCGCUGACGGGCGCCAAGUACCUGCCCGAGUUUCUCGGCACACUGUGCCGUGUUAGCGAGAUUAGCGAGGUCGGUAAGCUGGCGACGGGCCUACGGAAUUUGGCCUAA